AUGUCUGCAACUAGUAAUACUAUUCACAGCAAGCUCGUCUCGCUGAUAAGUCGAGGUCAAGACUUCACCAGCAUUUUCUUCUACGCUCCUGCUAAAGAAAAGUGUCACUUGGAGGAUACCCUUUCUUCAGCCACUAGGGGACUGCCUCUAGUGAUAUGGCGUUCGGAUAGGACAGUGAUCCUGAAUGGAUUCCUCGGCGAGGGACUGUUGGUGCUGGCCUGUCUUCCAGAAUUCCAUUGGAGAGCUUUUCUGGGCAGUCUGUCUAGGAGUUUAAAGUAUCUGAGGCAGGCCAGAGUACUCAUUGAAUUUAUGGAGGACAGGGACGAAUAUCUAGCCCACCAGGUGCUAUCGUUUUGUCAAAGUCAGGAUAUGAUUAAUGUCAAUGCUAUUUUUAACGAUUUCGAGGAGACCCAAGUGGUGAGCAGCUUCGAGGCCUAUCCGGAGUUCGAAAUGGUGAACAAAACUUUUGGAGAAGGCACCCAAGUUACCGAGCUAUACCCGAAUAAGAUGGCGGACCUAAGGGGCGGUAAUAUCCGUACCAUUCCAGACUACUCAGUUCCAAAUACCAUUUUCUACCAAGACAAGCAGGGCAACAAACAUAUCCUGGGCUACUUGUGGGACAUCAUGAAGGCCUACGCCCGAAAACACAAUGCCAAGCUGCAAGUGGUUAAUAAGUACGCGGAAGGCAGGCCACUCAACUAUAUCGAACUUCUGGACCUGGCCCAGAACGGACUUAUAGAUAUUGCCGCCAGCAUUCAGCCCAUGUCGAUGGGUGGCCUAGAUCGGGUUCACGAGAUGUCCUACCCGCUGAAUCAGGCCAGCUGGUGUACCAUGCUGCCGAUGGAAAGGCAACUCAAUGUGUCGGAGCUGCUAUCCCGAGCGAUGCCCUAUGCAACCUUUGCUCUAUUGAUUUUUCUCUGGAUUUUUUAUGAGCUCUUGAAGGGCAGAUGGCGACGUUAUCAGCGGCUCCAGAGGAUUAGCUGGCUGAUACUGGCCACAUUGAUUACCUCGAAUUACCUGGGCAAGCUACUCACUCUCUUCGCAGAUCCUCCUUCCUUGCCACCCAUUGACAGCCUGGCUGCUUUGAUAGAGUCUCCAGUGCGCAUUAUAUCCAUUAGAUCUGAGUACUCCGCCAUUGAGUUCACCCAGCGCACCAAGUACUCUGCGGCAUUUCGCUUGGCUCUGAAGGCCUCCACACUGAUUGGCUUGCGAAAUGCCCUGAACACCUCCUAUGGCUACACACUGACCAGUGAAAAGUGGAAAAUGUACAAGGAGCAGCAGAAGCGCAGCUCCAGGCCCCUGUUUCGGUACUCCAAGGAUCUGUGCUUCUACGAGAUGAUUCCCUUUGGCCUGGUCAUUCCUGAGAACUCGGCGCAUCGAGCUCCUUUGCAUGACUUUACCCUGCUGCUUUGGCAGUCUGGGCUGCAUGAUUUUUGGGUGGCUAGGGGCUUCUACUACAUGGUAAAGGCGGGUAAGAUCCACUUGGCGGACUUCAAGGAACGUUAUCGGCCUGAAAAACUAACUAUCUCGGAUCUGAGACAUGUCCUUGUCCUCUACGCUUCUGGGGUGCUAAUUAGCAUGGUUCUGUUUGCGUGCGAGCUAUUUGUCAGCUGGGUAAACUACUGGCUGGGGUUUUAA